GUGGAACUUGCCCGGGUGUUUCCUGGCGACGGGGGGAAGUGGAGGAGCCGCCGCCGCCGCGGAGAGUGGGAGCCGCGCUUCUCCCCGCUCCCUGCCGGGCGCCUGAUCUACCAUGAGACCCGCCAUCUUCCCGCUCCUGCCUGACCCUGGCUGCCUCCUGCUCCUCCUGGUGUCUUGGCUUUUUAGUCCAGCAAGAAGUGAAAUAACAAGUCUAGAUAGUGGAAAUAUAGAUGACAUUUUAAACAAUGCAGAUGUUGCUUUAGUUAAUUUUUAUGCUGAUUGGUGCCGCUUCAGCCAAAUGCUGCAUCCUAUUUUUGAGGAAGCUUCUAACGUAAUUAAGGAAGAGUAUCCAGAUAAGAAUCAAGUGGUGUUUGCUAGAGUAGACUGUGAUCAGCAUUCUGAUAUAGCUCAGAGGUACAGGAUAAGCAAAUACCCAACUCUGAAACUCUUCCGGAAUGGCAUGAUGAUGAAGAGGGAAUACAGGGGCCAGAGAUCUGUGACAGCAAUAGCAGAUUACAUCAGGCAGCAGAAGAGUAACCCCAUUCGGGAGGUCCAGGAUUUGGAAGAAAUUAGUUCUCUUGAUCGCAGCAGAAGGAAUAUUGUUGGAUACUUUGAGCAAAAGGACUCAGACAAUUACAGAACCUUUGAAAGAGUAGCAAAUAUUUUGCAUGAUGAUUGUGUGUUCCUAUCUGCCUUUGGGGCUAUUUCAAAAGCAGAGAGAUUUAGCGGAGACAAUAUAAUCUACAAGCCACCAGGGGAAAAUGCUCCAGAUAUGGUGUAUUUAGGCUCGCUAACCAAUUUUGAUUUGGUUUAUGCAUGGACACAAGAUAAAUGUGUACCACUAGUUAGAGAAAUUACAUUUGAAAAUGGGGAGGAACUGACAGAAGAAGGCCUUCCUUUUCUCAUACUUUUCCAUAUGAAAGAUGACUUGGAGAGUUUAGAGAAAUUCCAACAGGAGGUUGCACGACAGUUAAUAGGUGAAAAAGGUACAAUAAACUUCCUCCAUGCUGACUGUGACAAAUUCAGGCACCCCCUCCUGCACAUUCAGAAGACUCCAGCAGACUGUCCUGUCAUUGCCAUUGAUAGCUUUAGGCACAUGUAUGUCUUUCCAGACUUCAGUGACUUGUCAAUUCCAGGUAAACUGAAGCAAUUUGUACUAGACUUGCAUUCUGGAAAACUGCAUAGAGAGUUUCAUCAUGGCCCGGAUCCAACUGAUGUAGCACCUGGUCAGCCAAUUCAGGAUUUAGCAAGCAGCCCACCAGAAAGCUCAUUCCAGAAACUGGCACCCAGUGAACAUAGGUACACCUUAUUGAGGGAAAAAGAUGAACUUUAAAAACUUGAAAUAAUCUUGCAAGCCUUUCAGACAGCAGCGUUGACUUCUGUGUGGUGGAAAUAGUAAACCUAUAUUUUCAUAAUUCUAUGUGUAUUUUUAUUUUGAAUAAACUGAAAAAUAAUUUUUUCUCCCCAGGCUUGUAAAUACAUUUGUUUGGUGGGUCAUUCUGUACAGCAUCUUUCAAACAGUACAUUCUUAAUGGUAUCGUAAAAUAUCAGAGACCCAUCCAGACUCUUGAUCUAACUCUGUUCUGUAAAACUUUUAUAAUCCAAAUGAAGGUAUCCUUGCCAGAGACAUGCUGUUAACUUGCACUAUCCCAUUAAAUAGGACUUCUGGGUUGUUUUCUGUGUAACCUUGGUAGUAUGUGCUUUUUCUUCUUCUUCUUCAUGUGAACAGCUAUCCUGGUAAUCUAUUUCUUUGUCACAUUUUUCUCCAACUUAAGAGGGUCUUCUAUUCUGCAUACUUGGGAGGGGAAUAAAUUAAAGUUUUACAGAA